AUGUUGAAAAUCAAUGGGAAAGGUGGUACGUGUGUUUAUUAUGAGAGCUACGUGAUUGGUCUUGCUGCUCAUGCGUUGCUGUGCCACAGUGAUGAAGGAUGGCUCCCAUGCCUGAGAAUCCAGCUUAACAUCACAGCUACAGGAUUCCAUGAAGAUCUAGAUCAGUAUGCAGAAGCUAGCUAUGAAACUGGAAGCGGUAUGAAAGUUCCCAUUCAUGUUUCACCAUCUAUCCAAGUGUGCUAUCAAGGCUCAGACUUCUUUGGCUCAAGAGAACUGACCUUCACGCCCAUCUCAGAUGACAGUACCACAGAGAUGUGGAUGUCAUUGGUGGUGAUGCUGGAAAAAGUUCAUUUUGGCAGUGAAGUCCAUAUCUUCUGUCCACCCUCUCUGAAACACAACUUCAGCAUACACGUCAGUCUUCCUGCAGAAGAUACAGUUUGUUCCCAUGGUCUAGGAGUUGAGUGGUGUAAAGCACCAAUUCUGAUGUCAGAAAUUAAUGUGGAAACAGGAAUGGCAAGACUGCACUUGGAUGCUCUGGAUAAUAGGAGAAUUCAGGAUAUGCGAGCGUGCCAGAGGAACGGGAACGGAGAAUGUACAGAACUAAAAUGGGAUCAGAAUCCACUGAUGAUACCACUGAGCUCUGUCAUCCCCUGUCUCUGUAUCCAGAUUUGGUGGGAAACUGAACCUCGAAAGGAAUUCUGCCCAUUUGUGAAUAACACAGUUUUGUCUAGCUCUAAUGUGUCAGUGACUGUUGAGGAAUCUCAGACUCAUGAUGCAGCAGUGGAUAGAGACACCAGCGCUCUUGCCUGGAACAUCACCGCUCCCUGCAAACUGCAGGUCGAACUUCAUUUAUGCAAAAAACCCGCCAUCUUCGGCAAAGGCUGCUUUGAAUCUGAUGACCUAAAGACCAGAAGCCAUCAAAUACACAACCAAUCAAAUCCAGACUGGAAGAAUAGUAACAGAUAUUGGAAAUUACAAGGUGAAUUUCUUCGAGUGCAACGCCACCCUUCACUCUGCGUGCAGAUAAAGGUUAGAGGAAUUGAAGGAUAUUUCGAUCCCAUUUGCCCGUAUGAAUUUAAUAGAGCUUACUGGAGUUUGUCUCUUCUGGCGGGUCUGGUGCUCAUAUGUCUGACUGUUUUGGGGGCCUAUGCAGUACAAGGAACACUUAAAGGUUGGGUAUUCAGAUGGCUGAAAGUGGACAAUGUCAGCAGUAAAGUAGGAGGAGGUCAGGUGGUGUUGCUGUACCCACCGGACGCCGACACUGCUCUGGCAGAGCUGGUGUGCCACCUAGGCUCAGCCCUCUCCUCGCUGGGUUUCGGCGUCUCCUCAGAGCUGUGGAGCCGUGCCGAGCUGAACGCUCUGGGCCCCGUACCCUGGUUGCACUCGAGGCUCCACCGCCUGCAGUGCUACGGAGGCAAAGUGGUGAUCAUUCUCACCCGUGCUGCCUGGGCACGAGCCGAGGAAUGGUGCCAAAGCAGAGCAGAAAAGGAUGAGCACAAAGAGACCUACUCGGAUGUCUUCAGCGCUUCCCUGAGCUGCAUUCUUGCUGACUACCUGCAGGGACGCGCUGGCGAGCGCUUCGUCCUGGUUCAGUUUGAAACGCAGCCAGCCGGACCACCGAACGAAAAAGGGUCCAUGCCCGAACUGUUUCGUGGGCUUCCACUUUUCAGCCUGCCCUCCCAGAGUUUGGGGUUUUUGACCGAGCUGACUCAGGGAGCUCACGAAGUGCAAAGAGCUAACGAGAGCACCGUGAAGAGGAGGACAAGGGCUGGUGUGUUGAGAGCAGGGGCACGAACUUUAACCAGAACGCUACGUGAGCUAACAGGGGGUGCAGGAUACAGGAUGGUGGGGAUUUCUCAAGAUUGCAUGCCAUUUGGGAAGGAUGAUCCAUGGGCAACGAUUCCUCUGAGGCUAGAAAGCUUAACUCCACAAUCCAGCCCAGAAUUCCACACUAAAAACUGUGUUGUUGAUGAGGUUUAAGAUUUAUUGAGCAAAGUGGAGAGGAACCAAAUCACUCACCCACUCACUUUUCAAUGGGCGCAAGGCACACAGUAACACCCUGGACGGGGCAUGA